GCACCGGACGAGAGGCGGGGCCUGACCCGAGCGAGCUUCCUAAAGCGAACGAAGCCAGCGGGCUCCUCGCAAUGGAGACGGUCACUGCUUCCGAUAGCUGCUCAGCUGUGGAAAAUGAGCAUUCUCAAGACACCCCAGGCUCCAACAAUAGCGUGUAUACUUCCUUCAUGAAGUCUCAUCGCUGCUAUGACCUGAUCCCCACGAGCUCCAAACUUGUUGUAUUUGACACCUCUCUGCAGGUGAAGAAAGCUUUCUUUGCGCUGGUGACUAAUGGUGUGCGAGCUGCCCCUUUGUGGGAUAGUAAGAAGCAAAGUUUUGUGGGUAUGCUGACCAUCACGGACUUCAUCAACAUCCUGCACCGCUACUAUAAAUCCGCCUUGGUACAAAUCUAUGAACUAGAAGAACACAAGAUAGAAACUUGGAGAGAGGUGUACCUGCAAGACUCCUUUAAGCCGCUUGUCUGCAUUUCUCCUAAUGCCAGUUUGUUUGAUGCUGUCUCUUCGUUAAUUCGGAACAAGAUCCACAGGCUGCCAGUGAUCGACCCGGAAUCAGGCAACACUUUGUAUAUCCUCACCCACAAGCGCAUCCUCAAGUUCCUCAAGUUGUUUAUCACCGAGUUCCCCAAGCCAGAAUUCAUGACCAAGUCUUUGCAAGAGUUACAGAUCGGCACCUAUUCCAACAUCGCCAUGGUCCGCACCACCACACCCGUCUAUGUAGCCCUGGGCAUCUUCGUCCAGCACCGAGUCUCAGCCCUGCCCGUGGUGGAUGAGAAAGGGCGUGUGGUGGACAUCUACUCCAAGUUUGAUGUUAUCAAUCUGGCCGCAGAAAAGACCUACAAUAACCUGGAUGUGUCUGUGACCAAAGCCCUGCAGCACCGGUCACACUACUUCGAGGGCGUCCUCAAGUGCUACCUGCACGAGACCCUGGAGACCAUCAUCAACAGGCUGGUGGAGGCAGAGGUUCACCGGCUUGUCGUGGUGGAUGAGAGCAAUGUGGUCAAAGGCAUUGUGUCACUGUCAGACAUCCUGCAGGCUCUGGUGCUCACGGGAGGAGAGAAGCCCUGAGCUGCGAGAGGGGGCCAGGCAGUGCCCGGGGGGAGGUGGGGGGCCCUGGGAGUCAGACGGAGCCUUGGGAGAUGACUGUGCGCUACUCAGGAGCCCCCUGCCCUUCUCCCCGGGAGCUGGGGGAGGCACAGAGGGAAGAAGAAGGGGGUCUGUAGCUGACUUACCCUCACACAUACACGAGAACAACUUCUGGCCCGGCUCUGUGCCCCUCCAGUAGAUUCUGAUCUCCACGAGAUCCCCAGACCUCACCGGCCUGUACCACCAUCCCUGCCCUGACUGCCAUAAGGUGGCGCAACAGAGCUCUUCAUGAAGAUGCUGUUGUUCAUACAGGAGGCAGUGUCCACUUAGUCAUGUGAGCGAGGAGGGCCUCAGGGUCCCCGGGCGUGUUCAAGGACAUGGGUAGGCUGGAGAGGAGGGUAGGCUGGUUGGCCAAGGUUAUUGCUUUUCGUGGCAAAUCUAAUUAAAUGACAUGAAUCUCUUCCUGGUGUGGUG